AGUUGGAAGCAGACAGGCAGGAUUGGGGGCUUGUGCGGGGGAGAAAAAUGCAAGAGUGAAGUCUUUGAAACAUGUAUGGCGACCCGGGGGCUCCCAGAAACGGCACCUCAGGUCUGAGGCCAUGAACGCGAGCGGCGAGGGCGACAGCUUCUCAGGGUCGGUGCAAAUCCCCGGAGGCACCACGGUCCUGGUAGAGCUGACGCCAGACAUCCACAUCUGCGGUAUCUGUAAGCAGCAGUUCAGCAACCUGGAUGCCUUCGUAGCUCACAAGCAGAGCGGCUGCCAGCUGACCAGCACGCCGGUGACAGCCCCCAGCACGGUCCAGUUUGUGUCGGAGGAGACAGUGCCUGCUACCCAGACCACCACAAGGACCAUCAGUUCGGAGACACAGACCAUCACAGUUUCAGCUCCAGAAUUCGUCUUUGAACAUGGCUAUCAAACUUAUCUGCCCACGGAGAGCAACGAAAACCAGACAGCCACCGUGAUCUCGCUCCCCGCCAAGACACGUGCCAAGAAGCCCACCACGUCCCUUGGGCAGAAGAGACUGGGCUGCUGCUAUCCAGGUUGCCAGUUCAAGACUGCCUACGGCAUGAAGGACAUGGAGCGCCACCUGAAAAUCCACACAGGUGACAAACCCCACAAGUGCGAGGUGUGCGGGAAGUGCUUCAGCCGGAAGGACAAGCUGAAAACGCACAUGCGCUGCCACACGGGCGUCAAGCCCUACAAGUGCAAGACGUGCGACUACGCAGCGGCCGACAGCAGCAGCCUCAACAAGCAUCUGCGCAUCCACUCGGACGAGCGGCCCUUCAAGUGCCAGAUCUGCCCCUACGCCAGCCGCAACUCCAGCCAGCUCACCGUGCACCUGCGCUCGCACACGGCCUCUGCACUAGAUGACAAAGUCCCGAAACCAUCGGACCUCGCUGCUGAAGACAGUGACACCCAGCAGACCCCUGCUGUCUCGCUACCCUCAGAAGCAAAGGAACAAACGGGCACCCUCGGAGAGAGGACCUUUAACUGCUGCUACCCAGGUUGUCAUUUCAAAACCAUUCACGGCAUGAAAGAUUUGGACCGCCACGUGAGAAUCCACACAGGCGACAAGCCGCACAAGUGUGAGUUCUGUGACAAGUGCUUCAGCAGGAAGGACAACCUGACUAUGCACAUGCGCUGCCACACGAGCGUGAAGCCACACAAGUGCCACCUAUGCGACUAUGCAGCUGUGGACAGCAGCAGCCUCAAGAAGCACCUGCGCAUCCACUCGGACGAGCGGCCUUACAAGUGCCAGCUCUGCCCCUACGCCAGCCGCAACUCCAGCCAGCUCACCGUGCACCUGCGCUCGCACACAGGGGACACCCCCUUCCAGUGCUGGCUCUGUAGCGCCAAGUUCAAAAUCAGCUCGGAUCUGAAGCGCCACAUGAUCGUUCACUCGGGGGAGAAGCCUUUCAAAUGCGAGUUCUGCGAUGUCCGCUGCACCAUGAAGGCGAACCUCAAGUCGCACGUCCGCAUCAAGCACACCUUCAAGUGUCUGCACUGUGCGUUCCAGGGCCGGGACCGGGCGGACCUGCUGGAGCACAGCCGACUGCAUCAGGCUGACCACCCCGAGAAAUGCCCCCAGUGCAACUACUCCUGCUCCAGCCCGGCCGCCCUGCGCGUGCACAGCAGGGUCCACUGCAAAGACCGGCCCUUCAAAUGUGACUUCUGCAGCUUUGACACAAAGCGGCCCAGCAGCCUGGCCAAGCACAUGGACAAAGUGCACAGGGAAGGGACCAAGACGGAGAACAGGGCCCCGCAGGGGCAGGGCAAGGGUGGGCCACAGGAGAGCGGCCCCCACCACGUGGCCCAGAUUAUCACCCAGAGGGCCUUCCAGUGUGACAAGUGUGGCGCCUCCUUUGUCAGGGACGACUCUCUGAGGUGCCAUCGGAAGCAGCACAGCGACUGGGGUAAGAAUAAGAACUCGAACUUGGUCACUUUCCCCUCAGAAAGCGUUGCUUCGGGGCAGCUCAGUCCGCUGGUCUCUGUGGGGCAGCUGGAGAGCACCCUGGAGCCCAGUCAUGACCUCUAGAGCAGCGUGAGUGGUCUUAGGCAUCUGAACAACGCUGGUGCCAGCCCCUCGUGGUGACACCAUGAGGAGGACCCCUUGUCUUCUCCUCUAGAGUUGGCAGCCCCAACCAGCCUCCAGCAGCGGAGCAGCUGACCCAGGAGGGCAGAGGUGCCAAAGGGAGGCCACAGAGACGAUUGCCCACGGUCCAGCUGCCUCCUUGGAUGAUGCACUGUGGCUUGGGUCAUUCGAAGGUGGGAGCCACUAAGCACGCCUCUGCCCCGUUGGGGAGAGUUGCUCUGCGUGGAUUGUGGUUUGAAACUGACUGGUCUCUGGCGGAGUUAUUAAGCUGGCAAACCCAGAACACCGCAUCUAAACUGAGCUGUGGGGGGAAAGGAGUCGGUGCUCCAUCAGGGUAUAGGUAAAGCUCUUUCUUGAGUAUGACUGUUAGUGUUGGCCUUAUACAU